AGAGAGAGAUUCGGUAAACAAGCUGGCACGUCUGUAUCUAGUCGCAACGUUUCUUUGUCAAUCCGUUCGGCGACAUAACAAAAUCCAAAAAAACAAAACAUUCUUUUAGCUUUUCUGUUUUGUUUAUAUACUCAACACAAAAAGAUCAUCUCGGAUACGCAACAAAGAAGAAGAAGAAGAACAACAAAUUUCACCCUGCUGAAGAACCCUAAUUUGAGGACGAUUAAGGAAGUUGCGAGUUUCGAAAGUCAGAUAAGGUUGUUGUAGGCUUUUAAGUUGGCAGCUGAGAAGACAAUUAGUGUAGGAUGGAUCACAUGUUUUCAGGAGAGCAAGAUCUUGAAGUAGACAUUGAAGCUGGUCGAUCUGAUGUUGUUACACAAGAAUCCACAUCAGCUACUGUUUCAGGCAAUGGGGUCUGGACUGAACGGGUGAAUUUCGCUGCAUCUGAAAACAUUGCUGAUGAUCUGAUCUAUCCGUUAAUGGGAGACGAAAACAAGGUAGGCAAAAGCAGUCAAAGUAUGGAUCUUUCAGAGAACAAAUGCGAUAUUGGAAAGUUUAAGAAGUCUAGAAAAGCUUCAAAGCCUCCGAGACCGCCAAAAGGCCCUUCCUUGAGUGCAAGUGACCAUAAGUUCAUGAGGGAAAUAGCAGAGCUUGCUAUGAGAAAGCGGGCAAGGAUUGAACGGAUGAAAAGUUCCCUUAAAAAAAUGAAAGCAGCCAAGUCUUCAUCGUCAUCAUCAUCUCAGUGCAUUAACAUUUUCUCGAUGAUAGUAACGGUUCUCUUCUUCGCCUUUCUAGUCUUCCAAGGCUUCUUCCCUGGAAAUUCGAGUUUGAGUUCAGACAAAUCACCUGCACCUAUUGUUUCACCUACCAACCAAUUGAUAUCAGUUCAGUUCUCCAAUGAAUUUCCUCCCGUUGAGCAAACCGAUCCCAGCCCGACCACCUCAUUCAGGUAUACGAGGAAGCGAAUAUCGGGUGCGGAAGAAGAAGUCUCGAGAGACGUUAGUUACUAGAUGAGUUCUCUGUCUGGUCUUUGCCUCAAACUGUCGUCAAACUCUUUUUGUUCAAGUUUUGUUCUUUCCCUGGUCACCUUUUGUAUAGGCUAAAUAUAGAAUAUGUAAAACGACUCCGUUUCGAACAAUGAUGAUGAAUCAUCACUUUCACUAACCGGGUCAGUUUAUUCAAUUAUUUUGAAAAGAAAAGUAA